AUGGCGGCGCAACUUCCAGCGUAUAAGCAGAGCUUUCUCAAAGCUGCCAUCGACGGAGGUGUCCUCAAGUUUGGAAGCUUUGAGCUCAAGUCGAAGAGGAUAUCGCCCUAUUUCUUCAACGCCGGCGAGUUCCAUUCCGCGCGUCUCGCCGGAGCCAUCUCCUCCGCCUUUGCGCAGACCAUCAUCGACGCGCAGAGGAGCACAGGCUUGGACUUCGAUGUCGUCUUCGGGCCCGCGUACAAGGGUAUCCCCCUCUGCUCCGCAAUCACCAUUAAGCUCGGCGAACAGGCGCCAGAGUGCCUCGACAAAAUCUCCUACUCCUUCGAUCGCAAGGAGGCCAAGGACCAUGGCGAGGGCGGCAACAUUGUCGGCGCUUCGUUGAAGAACCAGAAGGUUCUCAUCGUCGACGAUGUCAUCACCGCCGGUACGGCAAAGAGAGAAGCGAUCGAAAAGAUUCGAAAAGAGGGCGGCAUCGUCGCAGGCAUCGUCGUCGCCCUGGACCGGAUGGAAAAGCUACCGGCAGCCGACGGGGACGACUCGAAGCCCGGCCCGAGUGCCAUCGGCGAGCUGAGAAAGGAAUAUGGCAUUCCCAUUUUUGCCAUCUUGACCUUGGACGACAUUAUCGCCGGAAUGAAGGGCUUCGCUUCCGACGAUGACGUUCAGCGCACCGAGGCGUACCGAAAGAUGUACAAAUCGACAGACUAA